AUGAAUACUUGUCUUCUCAAAUAUCAGUUGAACAGUAUUGGUAGUAAUUAUUUGAAUCACUUGUCAGUUCAACAUGAGUUUGAAAAAAUGGUUGAAAGCGAAUCACCAAGAAAAUACCAAUAUUCCAAGUCAAAAAUUGGUGGUACUAGCUGUUUACAAAUUGAUCCAAAUACGGGUAAAUUUCUAUUAGCUUGUGGUAAUGAUGGUUCACUUGGUAUUUGGUCAUUAGACGAUAGAUGUCAAGACGAUGAGUUGUACUGUAAGAGGAUUAAAUUUAGUGCCAGAACUGGCAGCAAUGAUGAGCCGAUAGCGAUACCAACCAAUAAAAAUGCUCAGAUGGUUCAUAGUUUUGAAACCAGGAAAAACAGAUUUAGACUAUAUCGACAAUCCUCUUCACCAUUAGCGCCCGCGCAAUCGCAAUCACGUCCUGGCCAUCGGUACGGUAUAAGAUCAUGUCAGUGGUUUAAACUGGAUAAUGGUAUGUUUUUCACUGGUUCUAACGACUUGAGCGUACAACUGUGGGAUACAAAUAGUUUGGAGGCUGUCCAUUCGGUGGAUGUUGGUCAUAGGGUUAACCAAAUUGAUACAACUGAUCAUUGCAUUGUAGUAGCUACGGAAGAUGGCUAUCCAAGACUCAUCGACUUAAGAAAUCCAACAGGAAUUACACAUUUAGGUUCAGGUACCAUGCCGCACGAGAUGCUUACGGUCCACUGUAACCCACAAAAGACCCACAUUGUAGCUACGGGUGAUUCUAAUGGUAGUAUUAAACUUUGGGAUUUGAGGAAAAGAAAUCAGUUGUUAAUGGAAGUAUACCACGAUACUCCAAGGAAAAGAGCUCAUCUAAGCUAUUGUCAAGAUUUAGCGUGGAAUUCCAAUGGUUCUCAAUUGGCAUCAGUUGGUGCUGACGGUCGUAUCUAUAUUUGGUCACCAUUUAACCAAUCACAUCGUGCAUCACAAGUGGGUCCCCACGAUUUACCACGUACCAGACAUUUAAGACGUACUUCUCAAAGAUUGCUCUGGUCCGAAAACUAUAUCUUGUGUAAUACGGAUUACGGUGAAAUUCAACUCUUAGACCCUGUUCACAAAAAACUCUGGACUAAGAUUGAAGACCCUGAACCAACUUCAUCGACCUCGUCGACAACCCAGUUCUCGGGAAUGGCUCUACAAGAUAAACUAUCUAAUGGUAUGGGGCUAAGGCUCUAUUUAAGUACAGGUAACUCUAUAUACGAACACACAUCAUAA